CGUGCGCGCGCCGCUUCUUGGGCAGGGCACCAUGGCUGAGGUUCCCAAACCUAGGGCCAAGUCCCCUCCUCGGCCUCCUCCACCGCCUGCUGUCUUUUAUGGGCCAGUGGGCCCGGGGAACCCGGUGGUCGAGAGCUUCGAGAAAGACUUGCACGCGUGUCUGAGCUUCUUGCGGCGAAACCGGGAAGUGGAGGACGCCGGUUCCAAGUCGCAGGAGCUGCACAGGAGAGGAGCAACAACUUUGUUUAAUAUUUGGAACAAAUACAAACACCGAUUUCCAGAUUGGUAUUACAAAGAAAAACUUGUGAAAGUUGGUGAUCAGCUCAUGGAAAUACAAGAGUAUAAACUGGCGCUUGUACAGUGCUAUGGGCAGUAUCUUCAACAGAUCAAUGCCAUAGACACCAACAUGCCUGAAUUAGAUGUGCAUCAAUUUCAGUCUAGUUUUUUCCCAAAUGGAGUUAGAGAUAAAACAGCUGCAAUUACAUUCCAUGUGUUGCAAGCAAGGAAUGUUUGCAUGUACAGAAUUGUAUGUAGCAGUGAUAUGGAUCUUCUGAAUCAGGAAUCUUUGAAGACAUGUUUCACAGUCUUGUCCAUACUGCGACUCAUCAUGCAGAUCGCUCUGCCACAUGAGCAUUUGUGUUGGAUUGUCUAUAAUGGUACAAUUUAUAUGUACACUAUGUGUAGACAUUUGAUGACUGUUGGUCGAUCGGCUAAGGUGCUAGAAUAUUUACUAUGGGCCUGUGUAUGUAUGGAGUCAUCAGUUCCACUUUUAGCUGUGCAUUACUUGACAUGGAGAACCACACUUUAUGCUGCUGUUUGCCAGUGUUACUAUGACUGCCAGUUGGGCAUUCAUGGAGAGGUGUUUGCACGCCGUGGUCUGAGCAAAAUUCAUGAACUAAAACAAAUGGAAAACAUGAGUUCUUCAUCAUUAAAUGUGGGAAAAAAGCAAAUAUUCAAAGAAGUCACUGUGAAGAUGGCCACAAUGGUCUUCAAAAGAUCUGCAUUUGAACCCAGAAGAAAACCAAAAGGAUUUCUUCGACCAAGAUUGAGAACUAAUCUAAGAGAAGCACAAUAUCUUCCAUGGCCUCGUACUAUCACAGAACGGCUACUUCUGGAACUCUUUGACUGUAAUUCAUCUCAUUUUUUUGCUAUCCUGGAAGCUCUGUUUGAUAGAAAUAGGAGGACGCUGAGCCCUGGUCCUCCUGUUCCUGAUGAAUCAGAAAUUCGUGAUGUUGUUUCAGAGCUCUUUUUUGCAGGCAUGGACAUUCUUUCAGGUGGCGUACAUGGAAUCUCAUCCACUGACCAUCCUGGUGUAAUAACUGCAUCAUCAUCAUCACUUAUGGAGCUAAUAUUAGCAGGGAAGAAUACUGUUACUGCAGAAGCUGCCUUGAGGUUUAUGAAGAUGGCUUUCAGCUAUGAAGAAUGGGAUGCAUUUGAUCAAACAGCUGGAUUGUUUUUUACCUUUAUUAAGAGUCAAGAUAAUUCAUUAUGGAAGAAGGCAGAAGCAGAACUCAAAUUACUUCUUAUAAUGCAGUCUUUACUGUCUCCAAGAAAACCAAGGCAUAAUUUGUGUGUCCAAGAAAAUAAUAUCAAAGAUGUAUUUUUUGCUCGAGGUUCACGGAGAAAAUCCAUUGCAUUUCAAGCAUCAGGAAAAGCUGGAGAAACUACUGAUGAUCUUUUUCGAUUGGCAAGGACGCUGUAUUCUUGCAUCUGUAAAGAGGGCCUCCUGCCAGACAAAGAAAUGGUAAUAGAUGCAACAAUGUUUUUGUGGCAAAGAUGUAAGACAGCAAUUCAGAAGAUCUUAGUGAGUGGAAACAACUACUUAAAGGCUGCUCGUAAAUAUCAAACCUCCAAGUGGGUUCAUAUACUUUAUAUGCUUAAUGAAGUAAUUCAAACAAUUAACUUUGGAGAUUCUAAUGCUGUGGUGAUGGCUGAUGUUGUCUUACGUCUAACUGAAGUGUUAGAGAAUACAGCAGACUACACACUCAAAUCUGAAAGCCUAUCAGCAAGAGAAAAAAUUGACACUGUAGCAAUAUCAGAAUUCUGUAUUGGAGGUAUGCCUUCAUUGAUGCAGAGAUGCCCUUCAGAACAGCUGUAUUUGGCUUAUGAAUGUCUGGAUAGAGCAGUUAGUGCAAUGACACAUGCUCGAUCAGCUUUACCUGCUGGGACAUUGGUGUUGGAUAACUGGUGCAAAAAGCUGACAUUAAAUGAGCAAAAUUUGAAUGAGUAUCUAGAAAAUGAAACAGCCCUGAAAUCAGUGAUAGGAAACAAUUUUAUUAUGGAUUUACAUCUUGAACUGAUACUGGCUCAGCAUCGAGUAGCUAUUAAACUAUUUAACUUGACACAAGACAUCCAAUAUGAUAAAAGUAUUAAAUUAAAUUCCCCUAUGAAAGAUGUGAACUCAUUCAAACAUUUAACAGAACAGGAUGUAAUGAAUAAAAUAAAAAAGAAUAAAUUGUCCAGAGCACUCUUCCUGAUGCAGAAGGCUAUACUACUACUUCCAGCAGAACUAGCCAGUUCUUCCCCAAAUCAGCUCCUUGAGGAAGCAUUUGUUUUAAUCCAGAAGGCAGAAGCACAACAAAAUGCUCUAUGUACUAGUCCUCAGCAACCUGCAACUAGUGUGAAAAGCAAAAUUCCACCACCUCCUGUAUUACUUUCCAGAUCUUAUACUUCCAUUUCAUUUAAACCAGCUCCAUUCACUUCAGAUGUGAAGGUUUCAUGGUAUGCUAUUUUUGGAUGUAUAGCACAAGGAAGCAUACCAAAAGUCCGAUUAAAUAACUACACUCUUAAGAACACUGCAGAAUUGGUACAAGCCGAUGAAAACUGUGUCUUAGAAGUAAAAGAUUUAGAACCCAAUGAAAUGUACAUAUUUGCAGUUGCAGCAUAUUCUUCAGAUGGAAAACUCAUUGGUGAUGGCAUUGGGGAAACAACAAAGCCCAUUCUUGCAUACCCACCUCUUUCUGCUGCUACUGCCAGAGCAUACCUGGUUCAGUGUGCUUUUCAGACUGAGAACUAUACGUUAUCCAAAAAGGCAUUUCAGCCCCUAUGGGAUUAUUUUGUUUCAGCCCCUCAUUCUCCUGUUGCUGAUGCUGAAAUUGUUUCUAUAAGCAGCAGUUUGACCAUUUCUCAGUACAGAUUAAUUCCCGAUACUGUACAUCAUGCUUCUCCAAACCUCUUAUACCUGUUUCUCAGGAACAUUUUUAUUAUCAGUGACAUCCAUGUGAGUGAUAGAGCUCUCUUCUCUGAUUCUGUUUCUUUCAAUGAACUAAAAUAUAGCAGACAGGUUGCUAGGUUAGCUGAAUGUGAGAGGAUGCUAAUGGCACUUGACCUCAGUAACUGGUUGAAUGAUGUGCCAUACGCCUUGCAAUCUGUUGUUCAGUGUUAUGGCCUUAUAGCUCCCCUGAUCUAUCACAGGAUUCACUCAGUCCCACUCAUUCAGGUUCUCAUUAAGUGUCUCACAGUUCUUCAAGAAAUGCCUCGUAGUAUCCUGCAAAGAAAAUCAGCAGGGUGUUAUGAGAGCAUUGAGCACAUGGUAGCUUGCUCUUCUUUCUUCACAGCAAAGGUACUGCGGUCAUGGAAAGAAUAUGAAUUAGCAGUAGUUAUUAUCAAUUAUGGAAAAGGGUUAUUGGAUUCCUCACAGCCUACCACCCAGGUACCUACAUCUGGAGAAGAAAUAGAUGAAAUAUUAGAAGAUGAGACUCCUUCCAGAAGACUGAAGUCACAAAUAGCUGCUGCUGAAAAAGUGAAUGAGAAUUUAGAGGCCCUGGAAAGCACAUUGCUGAGACUUACAAAACCAGGACAAGAACUUACAGGAGAUGAAGAUGCACUAUUAUUGUAUCCUGUUGUUAAAAACUGGCACACAAAGAUUGUUUAUAAAGAAGUACUGAAAUUUAAGAAGAACCCCCGCUUCCUUGAAUUUUUUGUACAGUUUUUGCUUCGAGCUGUUAAUGAAGAAAGGUUUUCACGAAUAAUAGAGUGGGCAGAUGAAACACAAGACUACCUUAAAAAACGCAAUAAAUUCCUUCUUGGUGUCAAGCGAGGAAGAAAGCCAAAAACGUUUGCAGAUGCAAAGAAGCUUAUGACAAUGGAUUUGUACAAAGUGGUAGGAACACUAACUUCUAAGAAAAAAGUAAAAAGCCAAAAAGAUCAAUUUAAAUGUGGCUCAAAACACCAGAGCACAAGCAAAACUCUUGAUGCACAGAGGAAAGAAAGAGAGGAAUGGCUAAGAAUAGCUUUUUACAUCCUUACACAGAAGCUGAAUUUUUUUGCCAAUGUCUUCUUAAAACGAAGAAGGUUCCAUCAAGUUUGCAUUGAAGAGAUGCCCUGGAGAGCGCAGAUGAACAUUUAUCUAGCAGUUGUCCAUUUCCUUUUGUUUAAGAAACGGAUAGACGAGCUCUAUGUCCUUGAAAGUAAUUCUUUACAAAAUCUGAACAGAUAUGAAGUUAUAGAUUCUGAAAAAUUCUCCUUGUACAGUUCAGGCACCAUAGUGGUGCGAGGAACAAUACAGGAAGAAAAAAAGAUUAAAAACUCUCCAGUCGUAAAAGCUGCACCAUCAGGAAAAUUAAAGAAAAAACCAAACACAUUUGACCCUACUUCCCCCGCCUCCAGCCAUGGUCCUUCCUUGCCUGCUUCUGACACUACAUUACAGAGUGAUUCCUUGGUCACUGAUUCCAGCUCAAGCCUACUUGACCACAGUGUUUGUCUCACCCCUGAAAGUGAUGCCACGAUGGAUUCCACCAAUCUGACUCCACUGUCACCUUCUGUCACAGAUACAGAUGAGGCUUCUCAGCAUAACAUUAAGUUGAAUGAAAAACCUAUCCCUCGAUGUCAAUCAACGACUGAAAAAAGGGGUAGCACAGUCAAGGAACGUGAAAGAGUUCUGGCUUUUGCUGAUAUGUUAGAUCACUUUAGUAAACUAUUUCUGCAUCUCAGAAGAGCUGUGGUCAUUGCUCAUCGUGGUGGCCACUGGACAUUGCUUCAGAAUGCCUGCCGAAGCCUUUGGAACUAUACUCAGGAAGUACAGUUGAUCACUACACAUUUACAGUCUUUACAUGGACCAUUUCCUAUUACUAGGGAUGUUUUCCUUAAUGCCAUCUGGCUACCAUUCUACAUGGCAUCAGAUUCACUGCUUGAUAUGAUAGUUGAUCUCCAGUCUAGUAAUUCUAUUAAGAUUAUUGAAGGAGAAGGAGAUUUCUGUGUUCCAAGUUGUGUAGGAGGCAUUGCUGAUGAUGAAGGUGGUUUUAAUCUUUCUUUUGAAAAACCAUUUGAUGAUGUGAAUAUUGUUGACUUGAAAGGAAUAUGUGAUUUGAUCCUGCGAACUUUAGAAAUUCUGUUUCAUUUGAAGAAGUGGGAAUCUCUAGCAUACUUAGCCCUGCAGUUUAACACUCUUACACAUGAGAGAUAUACAGAGGUGGUGACACCUCUGCUGGUAUUUGCUCAGAGACAACUGCAGGAAAGAAUGCAACUUCUUAGUGAUUCUAAAAGCCCACAACUUGAUUCCAAGCCAGUUAUCUUUGUCAAUUGUACUGAAAACAAGGUGUCCUGCAGACAUUUCAUUGCGACCAAGCUGCGUGUUGUUGGAAAACGAAAUGCAAGAUCUCUUGAUGACCAAUUCCACAGAACAGAUGAAAAUCAAGCAAGAUCACUGGUUUCUGUUCCGGUGGAUGUGUCAGAUUCACUGAAAUGUUUCCGAGAGAGUCUAGAAAAAUCAAAACACCAUAGUAGAGCCCUUAAAUAUAGCAGGAAAUUGCUUUCAUUAUUACUUGCUGAUACACAAGAACAUUUUGGAAGAUUAAACACAACAUCAAAAAGUCAGAUAAAUUUACCUGGGAAAGUUGGAUUUAUUAUGGGGGAUGAGAUGUCAUAUCAACCAGAACCACCUGACCUUUCUGAAGAAAGUUUUACUUUUCUCAGUAUGGUUCAAAGCAAGUCAAUUCCAUGGUCAAAACUGUCAUUAGUCAUCUCUUCAUAUGAGUACACACUUGAAGCUCUUCAAACAAAUGACCAGCAAGACCUCAGAGUGCAGGCACUUCAUGAACUUGGAAAUCUUCAUUUUUGUGCAGGAAACAAAAGAGCUGCUUUCAAAUGUUGGUGUCAAGGCCUUGAUGGAGCCCUCAAGAUAGUCAAUGCACUUCAUCAUUGGCAUGAGCUAGCUGGCUUGUCAGAGAAUGCUACUGGCAAUUUGACAAAUAGAUCUCAAGUUUACUGUGAGAAAUUCAUUGCUCGGGCUGGAAUAUGGGGGUGCAUACAAGGAGGUGUGUUAGCAGCCAAAAUUGCUCAGCACAUCUUAUUAGAGGAUGUAAAAUUAAGAACCAAGGCUUGCAUUUUAUCAUCUCUUCUAUUCAAGUCCCUUUUUAGAGCUUCGUUACCACAUCCUAUGGCUGAUAGUGACUUCACACAGUAUGAAAUAGAUGAAUUAAUUCCUGGCAUUAAUCUGUUUGUGGAUAGCUAUAGAGCUGACGUUGCAUCUGUUGUUGCUAGUCUGAGUUUCAUUAUGUUUGAACUGCAUUGUUGUAAGCAAAAUCUAAUAAUUUUGCCACUCUUUUCAUUGUAUCAAUACUUUGUUUCUGAAGUUUGUCGGAAUGCAAUUAAAUGUUUUGAAGGAAGGAUUCUUAAGAUAAAAGUGCUUACAGAUUUAGGGUUUUUCUCUGAUGCAUUCCAUGAGCUGUGUAUUCUUAACUUUGGAGACAAAGUCCCUUGGAAACUGCCUGCAGGCUACAAGUUUGUUCCAAAAUUGCAGGCCUAUGCAAAAUUUGAUGCAUCAUUACCUCUCUUGGAAAUUGUGAAUCUACAGGUAAUUGAAGAUGUAUUUAACAGGCCUCUACAUUCAGUUUGGACUUCACUAUGUAAUUCACGAAUCAUAGAUAACUUAACAUUGGCCAAAAUGCAUUUCAUUCUUUCCCUCUCUGCAACAAUAAAUUGCAUUCCCAUAAAAGUGACGAAAGCAGCAUAUUGUGUGGACAGCGAUACCUUACGAAAGGGAGGCAAAACCACACAUGCAUUUUUAAAAGGUUAUAUACCACCUACUGCAUUUUCAAGCUUAAGACGAAGUCCAACAGUCUCUAUUUUGGAACUUGAAAAAAAUAAAGAUACCUUAAAUAUGGCAAUGCUUAAGGGUAUUUUAUUGGCAGAGGCUGAAGAAAGGAUUAGUUCUGUUCUUGAAAGCAUUCAGAACAAAUAUGGCAGGGUGAUCUCUCAGUGUUCAGCAGCAGACUUAGAGAUUGUCAUUGAAGCCAAGCUUCAGCUUGCAGAUAUUGCACAACAGAGACUUCAAACAGCAUUCAGUGCUGCGUUGGCCUUUUCCACAAUAAAACUUCUUCAAGAUGCAGAUGUCUUCAAGAAAACAUCCGAUUUACCACAGACUAGAGAGGAAAGAGAUGAGCCAAAUGAACAUGGCAUUUGUAUUGCGGAUUCCCAUGUGUUAUACAAUGUAAUAGCACGGGAACAUAUGAAUAUACAUCUAUGGCUGAGGUGUCGUCUGGCUUUAGUGACUGCAAUUACAGCACAGAUACGAGGCAUUGAAACAAUGACAGAAAAUGAACUGGCAGAGUGCUCAUGUCUGAUCAAUGAGGUACAAAUGGAAGCUGAAGCAUUUAAUGAUUCUGAGAUACUUGCUGAAAUUACGAUGCAAGCUGUCAUGAUGGGCCUUCAAGAAAGACAACCAGUGACUAACAUUAAGCGUCAUUUACAGGAUAUAAUCAAAUUACUUGAAGAAAAGACACUGAUUUCGCCUCCAGCUGCUUUAACAUUAGUGAAGAGUAUGCUUCUGUUAACUGACAUAAUGAAGACACAAACAGAAGAUGAGUCAAAACAUAUUUCUAAAACUAAUCAACUAGAUUUAUUAAUUCUGGCACAUAGGCUUGUCAUUGAACAGUUAUUUCUUUUGGGAGACUCAAUUAAACAAAAUGCAGAAGAUCCUACAUUUACGACUCCAGUGCUGCCUUUGAAAAACAUAUACUUGCCACAUAUCAGAUUACUGGCAAAAGUCAAAAUGAGAAUUGGACAUACACUUGCUCUAGAAUUAUCUUGCACAGCUAAAAUAAAUCAGUCGCAGUGGCAACAAGCCCUCAGGCAUACAGAAACAGCGCUGGAACUUUGUAGAACAUCAGUACAAUGUGAAUUAGACCUGGAAGCUGAGAUUCUUUUUUGGAAAGGGAAGUUGGAGCGACAGAUCACUGUAAUCGGUAACAAUAAAUCAGCAUCAGCUGUCGAGACCUUGCUGGAAGCUAUCAAGUUAAGUCUGCAGAAUUACCAAAAUUAUGGAUUAAUAAGAAGAUCAUACCUAGAGAUAGCAAUGCUGUAUUUUUAUUUAAUUACAGCCAAGGAGGAAUCUUCAAGCACAGGGAAAGGAAAAGUAUUCAAAGCAAAGGCCACCAAUGCGCACUAUGCAAGCUUUGAAGAUUUUACAGCCAUGGAAAUGUAUAGAGUGCAGGCCUGGAUUGCAGUAAGAGCUGCUGCACAGGUCAGUGAAGCUAUUCUAGCUUACCAGAAAUUAAUUGGAAGGAAGGCUGUUAAAUUGUAUCAAGUGAGACAAAGAGUACAGCGCAGCAUCCCAGAAUUUGCCCUUCUGGACCUUGGUUCUUCCUAUAAGGACUACUUGUCUGGUGGAUACGAUGUUACCUAUAAAGUCCCUUCCAUAGUGUCUUGUGCACAUGGGCAAGAAGAUUGUGAUGGGGCUGAAAGUUCAUCAUAUGAGGAUAUGCAGGCCAAACUGAAGAUAACCUGGGUCCACUUAAUUCGCUACAAUACCUACUUAAAUAGGCUCUUAAACAUGAGUCCCUUGCUUGAUGUUCCAAAAGCAGGAGAAGGCUUAUUUGCUAAAGAAAAUAUGCUGUUCACGUCAGUAUUUGACAUAGGAACUACUCUACGUUUAGCAGAAAUGCAUUCUUUCCUAAAAGCCCAUUUGCCUAUAUAUUCUGCAUGCUGCCUUGAAGAUCCCCCAAAACAACUACACAGUUUUGAACAGAUGUAUGGUAGUAUAAUUGCUCUUGCAAAGUCAACUUCUGAAGCUAUUGGAAUGUCCCAUAAACUGUCAGCAGCGAAAGUAUCUUCCUCUAGUUCUUGCAGUUCUCAGACUGAAGGUUACUUUGACAGCAAAGCAACUUGUACUUCCCUCAAAGAACUUUGUGUGCAGUGGUAUCUACCUUCUGUGGAGAAAUCAUCUAAAGGAGAGACAAUGGUUUUAUUUGUUUAUGCUUACAAUAUAAAGCCAGUCAAAAUGAUCAGCAUCGCAAGUUUCCAUUCAGCUGAUGUGUUUUGUGGUUAUUUGUGGAUUCCACUGAAUAGUGUUGUUGCUGUGCGUGACAAAUUGUCUAAUCUGAAGCAAAAAAUUGAAAUGCUAAUGCACUCAACCGUGAAUUCUCAUCUAACAAAUGAAGCACGCAGUUUUGUGUCAUUAGAAUCCCGUAGUACUAUCUCAAGAGUGGUGAUGGAUAAAAAAACUGAGGAACUGGUCAGACAGUGUUUCUCAGAAAUCAAAUCCUUGUUGUCUCUUGGUCCAAAUCAACAAAUAUCAAUUAUUGAGAUCCCAUUUGACAUCACUUUACCAGCAAUAAACAAUUUAUGGAAAUUAUUUGAUCCAGCUAAUGGCUGUGUGAUAACAGCAGAGAAUAUUUUCAACUGGAUAGUUUCUUUGCUCUCUUAAGGGAUAUUUACAGAGAAAAAAUGGGAUGUGCAUUUAAUGGAGUUUGAUGGUAUUUUGGACUCACAUCUGGUUUUAAGGAAACAGAUAACAAAUUGCCUAUAGUUUACAAAAUGUAGUGAUACCAUAAGUAAUAAAUAUGUUUGUAAUGUUGCUCUUUACAGCUUAUAACAGUAUUCUUUGAAAUUAAUUUCCUGUGUUCUAAAAGGCUAAAGCAUUUUAAUGAAUUGUAUAAUUCUCACUUACCUGUUUUAAUAGAACUAAAAUUAUUUUUUCUUCUGAGAUUUUAUAAGAUCAACAUGAUCAACAUAAACUAGGUUUGAUUCCUUUAAAGCUAAUAAAAUACUUUAAAUAUUUAAUUGUUCAAAAUAACAAUCUUAAGUCAGAAACUUAUUUUACAUCAAUUUCUUUGUUGUAAAAAUAGUAGCCUUUCAUAAAUUGUAGCAUUUCAUUUUAUAUCUUUUAUUGACCUCUCUGAAACUUCAGAUGUCUGCCUUUCAAUUUUUGCUGCCUUUAUAGUCUUUUUUGAUUAAACACAACUGGAGUUCUUAGUAAAAA